AUGGUUGCAGAUCCCCUCUUCAGGACUCGCCGUAGCAACACUAACGUCAACAGCUCCUUGCUGUCUAUGAAAUUAAGAGAAUGUGUCUACGACGACCUAAAGGAAGUAUGCGACGAAGAGGAAGACAAGGGCCUAAAGGAAACCUUGGCAAGAAGGGUCCCAAGGGAGAACAAGGAGAACAGGGACUUCGAGGUCCACAAGGCCUUAAAGGAAAACAGGGGCAACCAGGGCCAAGCAGAGAAAAGAGAAAGGGGGGAAGCAGUGCAUUCUGUAUCCGCCCCAACAAUCACAGAGCCACCAAAGCGUCUUGUAGUCAAUAAGAAGAGUGACACCGCCUCGUUUCAAUGCGUCGUUAAGGGCAAUCCAAAACCUAAAAUCACGUGGUCGAGAACAAAUAAUUCACUUCCUGCUGGACGGCACGAAGUGAACAAAAGUGGAUUUCUGUUAAUCAAACAAGUGACGUCAAACGACAGCGGAAUCUACAUUUGCACAGCGAUAAGUUCUCUUGGCAAAGCACAAGCACAGGCUGAACUAGUCGUACGAGAUCCAUGUGCUGCCUUCAAAUGCAGUAAGCCUUAUUCGACAUGCGAAAACCAGAAUGGCAAAGCUGUGUGCGUGUGUUCCAAAGUUCCUUGUCCAAGGUCCGGGCAACCGUUUUGUGCUAGCGAUGGUAAGACGUAUAACAGCCAAUGCGCCAUGAGGAAAGCGACUUGUGAAAGUAACACCAACAUUCGUUCCGUCAAGAGAGGACAAUGCGAUUGUAAGGUCAUAGCCGAUGUGGCAUUCCUUGUUGAUUCAUCGGGAAGCGUUGGAAGAAGAAACUGGGUGCGCCUCCUUGCAUUCGUCUCAACCAUAAUCAGCAAACUUAACGUUGGACCAAGCGCUACUCACAUUGCCUUGGUGAGAUACAGUACCCAGGCUGAAGUGGACUUCACUUUCCGAUCAAUAUCAGGAUCCCGUGUUACUCCUGCUACCUACAACCAAAUUGUCAAAAAWUUGAGAUGGCAGAGAGGGUUUACAUUCAUCGAUAGAGCAUUGAUUACGGCGGACCAACAAGUGUUUACUGCAGCAGCUGGAAUGAGGCGUAAUGUUUCUAAGAUGGCCUUUGUGAUAACUGAUGGAAGGCAAACACGCGACCGGGGUACCAUCACUCCUCUCGCCACUGCCUCUGGGAGACUUAAAGCUAAAGGUAUCAGUGUCUACGCAAUGGGAAUUAGAAGAUAUGUUUUAAACAAAGAGCUAAAUGACAUAGCAACAAGCUCCAAGUACGUCUACAGGGCAUCCGAUUUCAGACAACUUGCACGAAGAAUAGAUACCGUCGUAAGGAGUAUAUGCGAAGGUAUGUCGGUUUAUAUUAUUAGAAAAUAAGGAGCCUCGUAUUUGACAUAUCGAAGAACCCCUGAUAUGCGCUCCCCACCCAAAUUAACCCCUCUCACCCCCAAAUAUAAGCCUCCUCCAUUGAUGUAGUAUGGCCUUGCGACUUCUUAGCACUUUGUCAACCAUGUGUUUAAAAAUUUUACCACCUAUUGUCGCAAAGAACUGAAAAGAACUCCAUUUAACACUGUUUAAUAGGACGGAACCAAUUACAGGUUCCCCGACUAAAAGCCCACCCAAAAAUCGAUCAAGACCAGGGCAUAGCUAACUGACAGAUCAAAUGCAGAGGACAGAAAAUCAGAUUACCUGGAAAAUAACCCUUGAAUCAUGUGAGAGACCCCCAAAAAAUGAUUCUUUCACAUCACGCCAAGUCUAAUAAUAACAAGUUUUGACACGGGAAAACGUGUCAAAUGUGCUGGGCACAUUGGAUACUUGGAAUAGAGUAGAAGACUAUUUGGGAUUUAGUCAUUGUAAGACAGAAGAAAGUCCGUGGAUUCGGUUUGAAUAUUUUUUACGGUCAAAUUGAACCAGCAUAAACGGGUCUUGGUCGCAAACCCCAAAGCAAGCCUCCGUCUCUCUGAGAACCAGUGUUAUGGUGGCUCCAUCGGCUCAAAAACACCACACAAAACAUUAUUGUACAGAAGAUUCUCCAUCUACAGAAAAAGUUUGGUCUCGAAAAUUUACCUCAGAAUACACUGCGAGCAGAGUCUCCUUUACCUUCCCCCGAGUGAGAGAAAGAGAAGAAGACUCUUUCCUUUCUCUCACUCGGGGGAAGGUAAAGGAGACUUUGCUCGCAGGGUAACCUCAGAAUGGAAAUAUUACGAAAAACGUAUAUCUAUGAUCAACUAUCCCUAGCUAUUUUCACCAUUCUCUACUAAUGGUUUACUGUUCCUAUAUAUAGAUUAACUUCCCCUUAUAUAGUUUAAUGAACUUAAAAACUUGCAGGCAACAUGGCUGAAUUACGUUAAGCAGGGGCUUAUCCAGGAUUUGUCAUGGGGGGGCGUGCGGGUCACACUAUACCAAAUUGUCACUAUGACAUCAUAUCACAUACUGCAUCAACGGUCAGAUGAUUUAUCUUUGGCUUUGAAAAUGGGGUCACAGGCACCCCUGAGCCCCCUAGAUACGCCAAUGUUAAGUUUAACAAAUUUACACGUUAAAGUA